AUGUCGAGAGGUAAUUACGUGGCGUUGAACGCACAGCAGAAUCAAGCACUUGGACUUGGUUAUGUUAAAGUGUGUAUUAGGAGGACUAACUUCUUUCGUCCGACACCGAUCGUCGGAGUCAACUAUUGGGAGACGUUGAUAAGCAAGAUUACCUCCAUUGCAGCUCAGAUACUUCCUCCUUCAUAA